UGAGCCUUAUUCCCAGGAUAAAUCAGGCAGGACUAUAGACGGCUCUCAGAUUUACACGCGCUAGCGUAGUGUUCACUCUCUAGACUAACAAGAUAAAGGGAUUUUAGUGUUUUCUUUUUAAAUAGAUGAUUUAAAUAUUGUCACAAAAUGCUGGAAAUGCUUGAAUACAGUCACUAUCAGGUGCAGUCCCACCUGGAAAGUCCAACGAAGUACCACAUCCAGCAGGCCCAGAGGCAGCAGGUGAGGCAGUUUCUGUCCUCCACUCUGGGUGGGAAAGCUGGUGGUCAGUGUCCAAACCAGCCUCCUGAGCACAGCAUGCCACCCGGACCCAACGGGAGCGCGCCGAACAGUCCCAUGGCCCUGCUCACCAUCGGCUCCAACUGUGAGAAGGAGAUGGAUGACGUCAUUGAUGAUAUUAUAAGCUUGGAGUCAAGCUAUAAUGAAGAUGUUCUUGGAUUGAUAGACCCAGCACUUCAAAUCAACAGUCCGCUCCCCAUGUCUGGGAAUUUACUGGAUGUGUACAACAACCAAGGGCUUCCACUCCCAGGUCUCUCUAUCGGUAACUCCUGUGCACCCAACAUUAAAAGGGAAUUCACAGCUCCUGGCAUGAAGCAAGUACUGGACAAGUCUGGAUCCUGUGGUCAGUUUGAAAGCUAUCAAAGACCAGAGGGCUUUCCAGUAGAGGCUGAAGUUCGUGCUCUUGCUAAAGAGCGACAGAAGAAAGACAAUCACAACUUAAUUGAACGCAGACGGCGAUUCAACAUCAACGAUCGCAUAAAAGAGCUGGGCACCCUGAUACCCAAGUCAAAUGAUCCAGACAUGCGCUGGAAUAAGGGCACCAUUCUGAAAGCCUCCGUGGACUACAUCAGGAAACUCCAGCGGGAGCAAGAGAGAGCCAAAGAGCUGGAGUGCAGACAGAGGAAGCUGGAGCACACGAACCGCCAUCUGAUGCUUCGUAUACAGGAGUUGGAGAUCCAGGCCCGUGCUCAUGGUCUUACAGUGGUCUCCUCUCCAUCAGUCUGCACAUCAGAGCUGAUGGCUCGGGCCAUCAAACAGGAGCCCAUCCUCGGUGACUGCCCGUCUGAUCUCUACCAGCACAGAUGCAGCCCAGACAUGUCCCCACCAACCACACUGGACCUCAACAACGGCACCAUCACCUUUGACCAGAUUCCCGCAGACACCGGGGACACAGACCCUUAUGGGAACUCCAGGACCUGUAAAAUGAAGGAGUUGGUGAGGGACAACUCUCUUGGGCUAAUUUCCCCGAGCGAUCCUCUGCUGACCUCGAUGUCCCCGGACGUCUCCAACAACAUCAGCAGCAGCCACAGUUCCUGCUCCAGCAUGGAGGAGAAGGAGCACAGCUGUUAGCACUACGCCAGGAUUAACACUGACACUGCUUUCUGAACAAACAAAGCAUUUAUUAGUUAAUUAUUGGAUGAAGGAACUCGGAAGUUAGGUUUUUAUUUGAAAUGUAUUUUUUUUCCCUUUUAUAUUUUUCAUUUAUUGCUGAACUGUUAUUGUUACUGUGAGCUCAAGCAGAWACAUUCUCUGUAUUCAGUCAUCUCAUUUUUAUACAGCAAGGGGCAGUAGAAACCCACAAGAAAUAUUUACCACUCUUAAAACUGCACAACUUAAAACUUUGAAGACUUUAUUAUUUUUUACUUUGUAUUAAGUAUGUUACUGUUCUUUUUUGUUGAGGUCAAAAAAAUAUAUAUGUAAAUUUUUCUAAAGCAAAUCUUCUAAACACAAAAAAAAAACAACUUUUUAUUACCCUGAGUUUUUAAUUUAGUAAAACAUAGAAAAUCUUUUUUAUAAUUACAUUCUUUGUAUUUGUUCAUUUCUUUACUUAAACCUUAUGUUUUAGAUGCACAUAAACAUUUUUUAAUAUAUGACCUUUUAUUAUAUAACCCUAAUUUGCGGUUUUACUGAACUCAAUUAGGUAAUUACACUUAAUCAUGCGAUUUGUAAAGACUAUUAAAUAACUAUGUACAAACAACCAAAAUCAAUUUMGUUCACAAUGGCAUUGGCCUCGUUUUCAAAAUAUUAUUUUAUGAUUCUAUUAAGAACUGUUUGGUACAAAAAGACAUGUAGCUAAAGGUACUUUUACACAUCUCCACAUAAAAAGGUCAAUUUGACUUUUUACCCUGCUGAUUUAUGUUUAAUGUGCCAUACUGUAACUGUUUAGAAGCUUUUGUUGAUGAAUGAUACUUCUGUUCUCUGAUGUCUUUAAUGACGUGAAGGAAAAUGUGUUCUGCUGUUUUAUKUUUGCAUAUUUGAUUGAAUCAUUAUAAGCUAGGUUUUGAACCAAAUGUAUAAUGAAUUUUAAUGGACUCUACGAAACAAAACAAAAACAAAAAAAACUAACUCAGUUAUGUUUAUGUGUGUUUAUUUUUGGAUGAUGUGUGUGUGGGUGUAUGAUCUAACAUGAGUGGACUAAUUAUUACAAACAA